CAAAAUUAAGGCUCUUCGCAUCUUCGAAUGUUUACGUUGUGAAGUAUAUCGCCGAUGGUUUUUAUAAUAAUCUGAAAGUUUUACUUUCCUAUGCAUUAGAAAUUACCCUUUGAAUACAAUUUUGACCUACAUUAUGGUGCGAAGUUUGUGCGGAUGCGGUAUUUUCAACUUGUUACGGGGCGGAAAAUCUUUAAGGCAGUUUCAUUUUUCAAUCAAGGGCAGGCAAACUGCAUCUACAACUAAAAAACAGAUUUCGCAUGAUUAUCCUGUAGUGGAUCAUACUUAUGAUGCCAUAGUAGUUGGAGCUGGUGGGGCUGGCCUUAGGGCAGCCUUUGGUUUAGUUCAAGAAGGUUUUAAGACAGCUUGUAUUACAAAAUUAUUUCCAACAAGAUCACACACUGUGGCAGCACAAGGUGGAAUCAAUGCUGCUUUAGGAAAUAUGGAACCAGAUGAUUGGAAAUGGCACAUGUAUGAUACAGUUAAAGGCUCAGAUUGGUUAGGAGACCAAGAUGCCAUUCAUUAUAUGACUCGGGAAGCUCCACAAGCUGUUAUUGAGCUUGAAAAUUAUGGAAUGCCAUUUAGUCGAACCCAGGAUGGAAAAAUAUACCAAAGGGCUUUUGGUGGACAAUCUUAUAACUUUGGCAAAGGUGGUCAAGCACAUCGUUGCUGUUGUGUUGCUGACCGAACGGGUCAUUCUCUGUUACAUACCUUGUAUGGCCAGUCUUUGCGAUAUGACUGUAACUUCUUUGUAGAAUAUUUUGCAUUGGAUCUGUUGAUGGAAAAAGGUGUAUGUAAAGGUGUGAUUGCCUUAUGUCUUGAAGAUGGAUCAUUGCAUCGUUUUAGAGCUAAAAAUACUAUAUUGGCCACAGGGGGUUAUGGCCGAGCUUAUUUUUCUUGUACCUCAGCACACACAUCUACUGGAGAUGGUAUGGCAUUAGUCGCUCGUGCUGGACUUCCUAACCAGGACUUGGAAUUUGUUCAGUUUCACCCAACUGGCAUUUAUGGAGCUGGAUGCCUUAUAACAGAAGGCUGCAGAGGUGAAGGUGGAUUUUUAAUUAACAGUGAAGGUGAAAGGUUUAUGGAACGUUAUGCACCUGUUGCAAAAGAUCUUGCAUCUAGGGAUGUUGUAUCUAGAGCAAUGACAAUUGAAAUCAGGGAAGGAAGAGGAUGUGGACCAGAAAAAGAUCAUGUUUACCUCCAACUUCAUCAUUUACCUCCCGAGCAACUUGCUUCCCGAUUGCCUGGUAUUUCUGAGACGGCAAUGAUAUUUGCUGGAGUUGAUGUUACACGUGAACCUAUUCCGGUGCUGCCUACUGUACACUAUAAUAUGGGUGGUGUCCCUACUAAUUAUAGAGGACAGGUAAUAACAUUUGAUGAGAAGAAAGGUGAUCAAGUUGUUCCAGGGCUCUACGCUUGUGGUGAAGCAGCUUGUGCUUCAGUUCAUGGAGCUAAUCGCCUAGGGGCAAAUUCUCUUCUUGACUUGGUGGUGUUUGGAAGAGCUUGUGCGCACACAAUUUCCGAAGUAAACAAGCCUGGAGAUUCUGUUCUUGAGCUUUCUCCGACUGAUGGGGAAGAAUCUGUUGCUAAUUUAGACAAAAUGAGACAUGCUGAUGGAUCAACUUUAACUUCAGAACUUAGACUUCAAAUGCAAAAAAUAAUGCAAUCACAUGCUGCAGUUUUCAGAACUGGUGAGAGCUUGAAAGAAGGUGUUAAGAGAAUAACUGAAUGCUUCAGCGGCCAAGAAGACCUUAAAGUUUGUGACAGAGGAAUGGUUUGGAAUUCAGACCUUGUUGAGACUUUGGAACUUCAAAACUUAAUGUUAAAUGCUGUACAAACCAUGGUUUCUGCCGAAGCAAGGAAGGAAAGUCGAGGAGCACAUGCUCGGGAAGAUUUUAAGGACCGAAUGGAUGAGUAUGAUUAUUCGAAACCAGUUGAAGGACAAAAAAAGAAACCUUUAGAAGAACAUUGGCGGAAGCAUACUUUGUCUUGGGUUGAUAAAAAUAAUGGAAAAGUAACACUUCAGUACAGGCCUGUCAUCGAUAAUACUUUAAAUGUUGAUGAAUGCAAGCAAGUACCCCCCGGCUCUUCGUUCAUAUUAAGAUGGACACUGUCUCGUUUGCCAUUUAGAAAAAAAAAAAUUUACAUUUCUUUUCAUGCAGUUCACGUACGUCUAUAGAUCUGAUGAUGAUUCUAGUCUGCAAAUAGACCUGCAUUUGUGAUAAGACUAGUUCGUACAUGUGCUCUUUGUGGGAGAAUUCUUUUAUUUUUAUUCAGGUUGUGAAAAGAUAGUGAAAUAAAAGUUUUUUGUUACA